AUGCAGGCCUUCAGCAACCACUACGGGGUGAUAUUCGCCUGCACCUGCGGCGUCAUCCUGGGCGUCGGCUUCGGCGCCAACCUGCUGGUCUUCUCUCUCUUCGUCAAGCACAACACCCUGCGCAAGAACCGGCUAGACGUGCUCCUCCUCAGCAUGGCCCUGGCCGACUUCCUCACACUGCUUCUCAUCCCUUUCACCCUGCACCCGGCCAUCAGCUUCUCCUGGCCUCUGGGCAACACGUCCUGCAAGGUCUACCAGUUCUUGCUGGCCUUCUCACUGGCCGCCAGCACCUACUCGCUGUGUGCCGUCUCCAUAGCCCGAGUCAUGAUCGUCACCAACCCUUAUCAGCCACCCACUACUGACUUGGUCGUGCUCAUGCUCGUCGUGGCCUGGGCCCUGAGCUUCUUUAUCAGUAUGCCCUUGCGCAUUUUCGCUACCAAGGAGAGCAUCGGCCCAGGGAUGACCAACGUCACCUUCUGCCUGCCCACCACGCAGGAGCACCACUAUGAGGUGAUGCUGAGCCAGUUCGUGCUCUACUACUUCAUACCAAUGCUGGUUAUCGCUGUCAGCUACGUACGCCUGGCCUGCUUCCUCCACAGGAGCCCCGUGAUGUCAACGGCAAGCGCCCGAAACACGCGACGCGCCUCGCUCAUGGUGUUUAUGGCCGCGGGCACCUUCUCUGCGUGCUGGCUGCCCGGUUAUGUCCUGGAACUGUGUGUGUAUCUGGGCCUGUACAGGCAUGGCAAGGCCUGGGACAUGUUCUACUUCACCUGCACUGUGCUGCAGUUCCUGCACCCGUGCGUCAACCCGGUUCUGUAUGUGCUCCUGUCCAAACGCUACCGGGCCAAACACAGAGCCUGGCUCCUCCGCUGCACCCAGAACAGGGUGCACCCCCAGGUCACCAGCGUGACCGAGAGCUUCUAA